CUCAUGAUUAACAUAGUGUCAAGCCCUUCAUUGUAAACACAAUAGUAGCCCUUUUACAUCAAUGGCAAUGAAAUCUUUCAUCCUCCUAAUCCCCAUUUUGAUUGUAAUUUUUGUUGGAACACAAGCUGAAGCUCAACUUCCUCCUACUACUGCUGGCGCUUCAUUUAACAUAAGUGGAAUUGUCUUGUGUUCGACGGAUAGCAGCGUUUAUAAUGUCGCAACCCCAACCCCUCCGUUCCCAAAUGCUACAGUUCAAUUAUUAUGUGAUGGAAAUGUGAUAGCCUCGACCACAACAAGUGAAUCGGGAGGAUUCUCUUUUCUCGUUCGGCUUCAAGCUACUCUCACCACUGUUUUAGCAUCUUGUAAGGUAGAUGUUGUUACACCACUCUCGGCUUGUAACGCAACCCUACCUUCAACCUCCCCGUCUCUUGAAGCCUCACUACGAGCAACCAUUCAAAGCAGCGUGACCACUAGUAAGAUUAUUACAUCGCCAUUCCAAGUGAUGGGAAGUUUAUGAUUUGAGUUUGCUUCUAUGAAUAAAGAAAGAUAUAGACUUCUACAUUAUUUCCUCUACAAAAUGUAUGAGUAAAGGAAGAUAUCGAUUUCCAUAA